AUGCGUUUGGGCGAGAAGCAGCCUGCGAUCGUUGACGGAACUGGCGGUCAGAGUUCCUUGAAGGUGGAGGAUCUGGUUAAUGUCCCGGAAAACCCAGUCGCCACAAUGGAUCCAAUAACACAAUUUCGCCUCACGAUCUCCACACCAUUCACUGCAGCGUUCUGCGCAGGUGGUGUUGCUGGAGCGGUCUCGAGAACGGUCGUCUCACCCCUCGAGCGAUUAAAGAUCCUCUACCAGGUCCAGUCCGUCGGUCGGAACGAAUACAAAAUGUCCAUACACAAGGCGCUCAAGAAGAUGUGGGUCGACGAAGGUUGGCGUGGCUUCAUGCGCGGAAAUGGCACCAAUUGCAUCCGUAUAGUCCCUUACUCGGCGGUACAAUUCAGCAGCUACAGCGUCUACAAAAAGUUCAUGGAGCCAUCACCUGGCGCCGACUUGACUCCUUUGAUGAGACUAGUAUGUGGCGGUGUGGCAGGCAUCACGUCGGUCACUUUCACAUAUCCCCUGGACAUCGUCAGAACACGACUAUCGAUACAGACAGCCUCCUUCGAGGCGCUAGGAAAGACUCAGGGCAAGCCACCCGGCAUGUUCGCCACAAUGAAGACCAUGUACAAGACCGAAGGCGGUAUACUUGGCCUUUACCGAGGAAUCAUCCCUACCGUCGCUGGGGUGGCCCCAUACGUCGGUCUGAAUUUCAUGGUUUACGAAUCAGUUCGGAAAUAUUUUACAGAUCCGGGAGAGAAGAACCCCGUUUGGUACAUGAAGCUUGCGGCAGGAGCUAUCUCUGGCGCAGUUGCCCAAACAUGCACAUAUCCCUUCGACGUGCUGCGGCGGAGAUUUCAGGUUAACACAAUGUCUGGAAUGGGUUACCAAUACUCGUCGAUCGGAGGUGCCAUAAAAACCAUCAUCACGCAAGAAGGCAUUUUCGGGCUCUACAAAGGCAUCGUGCCUAAUUUGCUGAAAGUCGCACCCAGCAUGGCGAGCAGCUGGCUGUCAUUCGAAAUGACUAGAGACUUUUUAGUGAGUCUGAGUCCAGAGGCGGAGGAAGAGCCAUUAUGA